CACGGGCGGCCCGCAGCUGCCACCGACCCGGAAGGACCUCUCUGCAUGGAAACGACGCAACUCAUCAAGCAGUCCAGGGAAGGUGGUGCACCGUAUGGCACCUUCGUCCCCAAGGAUGACGCCGUCGGCAACACGAAAUGGGUUAUGGUCAGCAUUCUAUCGCUCCUGUCUUGUUUGAACCAAGCCAUUUGCUACACGUACGCUCCAGUGUCGCGCUUUGCUGAAGCCGGAUGGCACCACAAGAUUCAAUGCACGACGCUCAUUACAAUCUACUUUAUCGCAUAUAUCCCAUUUGCAUUUGUCGGGUCGUGGAUCAUGGACCAUCGCGGCCUCCGCUACGGGGUUCUCCUCGGCGCAGCCCUCCAAGCUAUUGGAGCCUCCUUGCGACUCGUUGGAGAGCUGGUCGAUCCAUCCUACCAGAUUUACUUUCUCGUGAUCGGGCAAACGCUUGCCGCGGUCGCCAUGCCGUUCAUGGUGAACUCGCCACCGAUGUUAUCUGCCCUGUGGUUUCCGCCAUCCCAACGCGCUAUGGCCACGUCUAUCGCAGUCAACUGCAACCAACUGGGGAUUGCCAUGGUAUACAUCUUGUGCCCGUUUUUCGUCACGUCCAUCGCCGACAUCGCCAACUGGACCGCGCUCGUCGCGGCGUUUUCGGUGGCGGCACUCCUUCUCGCGCUGUGCAAGUUCCGCGCAUCGUCUAAGUUUGCCAACAUGGAUGAGGAAGCGUCGUACAACUGGCACCAAUGGGUCAGCGCGUUCCACCACGACGGGUUCUUCCUCACGGUGCUUGUGUUUGCCGUGGCCGAAAUGGUCACGAACGUCCUCUCCUCGCUACUCAACCACAUCCUCCGCGCUGACGUCUUCUCUAAGCCUCAAAAGGGCCUCAUUGGCGCUGCGUUCAUCGUCAGCGCCCUCAUCGGCGGGCAAGUCGUGAGUGGAUAUAUCGACGGCACGCGCUCGCAUAAGGUCGCGUUGGUUGUAUGUCUCGUCAUUACGGGCGCGAGUUUGGUUUCGUUUCACUUUGCUGCGUCAGCCGUGUUCGCGGGGCAAAUGUACAUCACCAUGGGGUGCCUCAUGCUCGCCGGACUCUUCCUUGGCCCGUUGCAGCCUGUGUCCCUCGAAUUGGGUACGUAAUCGCGGGCUGCGUCAAUGUCUCUUCUCAAGCAUUCGGCUGGUAGGAGUGGAGUGUGCGCAUCCAACUACGGAAGCGACGGUCGCGGCGCUCCAACAGUUGUGCGGCAACUUUUUGUCGGCCGUGAUGGUGCCCAUUCUUGGCGCGAUCCAGCAUGCUGCCGAGGAAGUUCAUGAGCAACAAGCCGCCGACCCGGCCCACGUCGCCCUCACCUUCGCGGACGGAGGGUACUGGGUCGAAGCGUUCAGCACACCGGAAGUCGUGUUGAGUGUGUUCAUCUUUGUCGCGGCAUUCUUGUUUUGUGGCUUCGGCGGCAAGUUCAAGCGAUCUGCUUUAGAAGGUCAUCACGUGUUGUAACGCGGAACGAAGACAGAGACUGCCGACGAAGAGCGACCUGAGGGUAAAGCGAGGCAACAUCGACAGUCGCUGUACUUGUCUAGAACGUUCGGCGGAACACAGCAUAAUACACUGCCAAAGAGAGUGAGAACGAAGCGUUCCUGCUUGGACUCGCUAGGGACAGCAGCGUUUAGUCGCUUGGAAGGUUUGCAU